AUGCGCCUAUUCGCCCAUGUUCCCCAGGUUGGACUAUUCACUGAUUACGGAAAGAUUGUGCGUGCGCGUCACAUCAUGACGAUUCGGGUUAUGCUGCAGGCGAUGGACCAAGGCCAUCUGCUCGUAAACAAUGUCGACAAGUAUGUCCGUGCAGGCCGUGGGGUCAUGGUGUACAUUGCCUUCCUCUCAGACAGAGACAGCGCCCCGAUCACCGACGAGGCUCUGCGCCACGCCGUGGAUGUGCUGCUCCAGACCAAAAUCUUCACGCACUUUUCACCAGAAAAGAUGAUCACGCAGCCCCAAUCGCUGGAAGAGUGUCCUGAGAUGGACAUCCUCAUCGUUCCACAGGCGUCACUGGGCGGCAAGGUGAAGGGGCGCUCGGUGCAGUUUCAUCAACUCGUCGCCAAGGACGUGGGCGCAGCGCUGUACGAUCGCUUCUGCCACUUUGUGCGCGUCGCCCGUGGAGUGGAUGAGUCCGGCGUGGACGCCAAUGGGGCACCAUUGAACGAAGAAGAUGCUCCGAAGGCGGAGGGCUGGAUCAAGUUCAACCGCCGCGUCAUCGCCGGUACCUUUGGGAAUCGCCAGGGUCUUCGAUUCGAAUCGGAAGGCCCGUUCACGCACAUGCUCGACAUUUGA